AUGGCUUCAUCCGGCCCGCCCACGUCUACGGAUGCGAAUCCUACGAGCUACAUGGCUUCUCAUGGACCACCCACGUCCACGGAUACGAGUGCUACGAGCAAUACGCCUUCAUCCGACCCACCCAAGUCUCCAGAUACGAAUCUCACGGAGAACGUGCACAAACUUGCCAAAAUCUUCGGUGCCAUAUCUAUAGGUUGGGUUUUAUGGCUUGUGAAGCUGGAAGACAAACCGAAUGUUGGCUUAAACCCAACUUGGUGGAAUACGUACAGCUUGUUCAAUCUCAAAUUACUAGUUGGCUGGUCCUUUUGGAUAGUCUACAUGACCAUGAGAGACGAGAAUUCAAAUCGAAAGACCACGCCCGGCGGAAAGCCCAACGUGUUAUGGAACCUUCUCCAUAUCAUACCGAUGUUACUUCUCCAUAUUACAAUCAACAAGAGCAUGUCGGUCAAAGAUAAGGGUCUCCUUUGGUUCUCGGCCUUGGUAGUCUUUCGUUACUGGCGCGCUAUCGUUACCCGAUUCUUCUAUGCUCGAUACAAGCUCGCCACAGUGCCGACUGACCAAGACUUGAAGUUUAGCUGGAAGGAUUGUACAGUUAUCGUACCGACAGUCGGCCCCAAAGACAACCCAGUAUUCAAGGACAUGGUUGCGGCCAUCUUUUGGAACAAACCAGAGCGAAUUAUCUUUUCGGCCAAUAAUCCAGAUGCGAAGAGAGACGUCGAGACAGAAGUCGCCAAUGUAGUCGAAGCUUUUAUUAAAGGCGAAACCAAGUACCAAACGGACUACGGGCUCGGAAAGGGCUGGGAACCGAGGGACGACAAAGACUACACCUGUAUAAACACCAAUGAGUCCAACAAGCGCAAGCAGACUGAUAUUGCUAUCGAGAAGGCGAACACGGACAUUAUUCUCAUGGUCGACGACACUGCCAUCUGGCACCCACGCUUUUUGCGAGCAGUUUUGCCGGCCUUUAACGAUCCACGUGUCGGGAUCGUGGGUACGCGCAAGCGGGUACAAUACAGACGCCCUUCUCACGCUGAUGACGAUCACAAGGAGAUGAGCCGCAUUGAGUUCUGUCUAAACUGGUAUCAUGCCGGUCUCUGGAACACCAUCGGCGCGCAGUAUCUUGACCGCCAUAGCUACGAGAUUCGCGCAUCAAAUACUGCUGAUGGCAGCGUGUUCGCCAUAUCCGCUCGUACCCUCGCUAUUCGAAAGGAGAUAGUGAAGAACGAAGAGUUUAAGCAGGCGUUCGAGAACGAGUACGUCUUGGAGCGGGUCUUCAAGUGGGCAACAACAUUAAGCAAAUGGCCCGUACCAUUUGCAAGUCGCCCGCUUGCUUGGCUGAAGGGGAAAGGCUUCUCCGAAAAGGGUGUCGGGCCCCUACUCGCGGACGACGACAACUUCAUUACACGGUGGGUGAUCAACCGUGGAUGGAACAUUAAGGUUCAGUCUUCGCCGGAAGCAACCAUGACCACGGUAUUAGGAAGCGUCAAGAUAUUCAAGUACUUGGAUCAAUGUGAACGCUGGAGUCGUACAACUUUCCGUCAGAAUCCCAUUGCGAUCUUCGAAGAUCGGACCAUCUGGUGGAAAUGGCCCAUCGGAGUAUGGACAGUGUACUUCCCGUGGAUGUACAACUUCGCGGUCUUCUGGGAUGGUUUGGUAAUCUUUGCCUUCAUGCGAUCUGGACUAUAUCAGGACUCCUCGAAUGGCAGCGCACGACUUGUCUACCUGAUCUUGGCCAUAUGGGCGACUAAGCUCAUUAAGACUUGGCGAUGGUUCCUUGAACACCCUCUGGACUUCUUCCUAUACUUCGUCAUCCCGGCUUACCCCUUGUUCGUAUACUACCAUUCGUGGAUCAAGCUUUAUACAGCACUGAGUUGCUGGAAUAACGAGUGGUCUGGAAGGAACAUAAGAAAGGCAGAAGAAGUGGCAGGAAUCGUGGCAGGAAUCAAGGAGGUGCCAGUACCUCAGGAGGGGUCUCGACUCAAGAAGGAGUAG